AUGAAGACACUUAAUUGUUACGUGCUGUUACUUUGCUGGAAAGCAAUUUGCUGCAACAGCUGCCAGCUCACCAAUAUUACCAUAGCCGUGGAAAAAGAAGAAUGUGAAUUCUGCAUUACAGUGAAUGCCACGUGGUGCUCAGGAUACUGCUUCACAAGGGAUCCAGUGUACAAAUAUCCACCAGUAUCAACUGCUCAGCAAACCUGUACUUUCAAGGAGGUCGUGUAUGAAACAGUGAAGAUCCCUGGCUGUGGUGACCAUCCUGAAUCAUUUUAUUCUUACCCAGUGGCUACAGAGUGCCACUGUGACAGCUGUGACACUGACACCACUGACUGCACUGUCAGGGGACUGGGGCCAUCCUACUGCUCCUUCAGUCAGAAUGGAAGCAACCAGUGAAGGCUACUGGACACAGCAAUUUGGCUUUAAAUGUUCCCUGAUAAGUAAAGGUACUGUUCAGGUUUAAAUGGAAGAUUUAGAAACUGCCAGGAUUGAAACAAAGAUUUUUUUAGGCCAAAAUGAAGAGCUACUGACUAAACUCCUCUUCAGGCCUUCCUUACAUAACCUAUCAGUUGCCUUAAAAUAAUUUUCACAGGUCUAUAAAAAUGCUGCUUCCAAUUUCUUCUGCCCUUCGCCCUUCUUCCUCUUUAGUGCAACUUCAUUAUUUAUAUUCCUGUAUUUCCACUGCCUGGUUCACAUAGAUUAGUUUAUGCUAUUCUGUGCUUUCAAAAAGUUUCAAGUCUUUAUUAUUUCCUGCUUUUCAUCUCUCCUAAGAACACACUUAUUUUUAAAAGCCUUGCUGCUGGUUGUGGUUCUAUUAGCUGGAUUGUAAACCUCUCUCAGCUGAGAUCCUGACUGAUUUUUUCUUUGCAGAAUAUUUCAUAUAGACAUUAUGCACUACAAAUAAUAACAGCAUGUGUAUUUAAGAGCCAAAACCUAUGUUCAAAGGUUGAAUGUCACCUGAAUGCUUGUACUUUCUCAGCAAGGCUUGUUAGUUCAGCCUCAUUUUCACAGCAACACAAGUAACAUGAACUCUAGUUCAUACCUGGCUAACUUGAAAAAAUCAUCAGCUCUCUAUUUUCACCUGAGUGCAGAAUGUAGUAAAGAGAAAUGUUUAACAUCAUUUAACACAGGAGUCUCACAAAUGAUUUAGGGAUGAAUGUAGGGGCACCUGACCCCAGUAGUGCAAACAUGGUGUGAUAAUGUGCCUUGAAAGCUGUCCACAGGAGUCCCUUCAGAGAAUGGAAUUUCACAGAGCUCUGCAGCAACCUAACUCUGCAAAUACCACUAUGAAGAUGGAGUGGUCUGGAAGCGAGCUGGAGGACUGAUUGAGUCAGAACGGGAAAUUACCUCACGUUAUUGAGGAAAUUAUGUGAAGCCUACAGGAUGAAAUCCCAUGGGAAAAUGAAAAUAUACCGUUCUUCAUCAGAAAAAUCAUCUGCACAGACACAGGAUGGAAACAAUGGAUUCAGCUGCAGUUUGGCACUGCAGGCAUGGUGGUGUACAAGCAAAGUUAAGAGUCAACAGCAUCCCAGUGCUGCAGAAAAGUGGGAAUGCAAGGAGCAGAGCCUACAAGACACAACCUACCUCCACCACUCAGUUCUACAUGGUAGGGCCUUGGCUGAGUGGUUAUUUCUGACAGAACUUUGGCACAUUUUAAAACUGGAGAAAAUUGACAGAAGAAUAACAAGAAUGGAGAGAGGCCUAGAAAACAUCUUAGGAGAAAAAGAUUGAAAUAAAUGUGGUUGUUUUGCUUAGGGGAGGGAACAACACUUAGGGGGAAUAUUAGCAGAAUAUUUUACAUGUUUGAAGACUGUUACACAGAAAAGGUCAGUUCUCCACGUCCAAAGAGAACAGAACAACCCAUGAAAGAUUCAGAGUAGUCACAAGCAAAUCUUCUGAAAUAAACUACAAAUCUACAGAAAUAAACUGUUGGGGGCUUGGAGAAGGAGAGAGAGAAUGAAGGAAGGCUGUGGGGUCUGUGGAUUAGUGAUGACUACAGGUUUUACAGAACAUGUGGAACCUCUUAGGAAUGACAGAAAAAGCUAAUUCAGCACGAGGCAGGGGAAUGAAGUAGUAGUUAUCUGGCAUGUCUGCUUUUGAGACCCAUACAGACAUGAGUAUUUAAGGAGAAUUUGCCUGUUACUCUGAAUCUCUCUUGUAAUAGAUAAUAGAUAUUUUAACUUACGUAGUUUUUAGCUUUUUUACUGAAAGGUAUUGAUUCUCUUGAUUUUAUAAAUAAGAUUUAUGUGCAUGGAUGUUUUCUUUGGUCUAGUGAAGCUUUCAAAGUGGUAAAGUAAUAGAUAAAUUACGUUAGGUCUCAUUUCUGUUUUAAAGAUGAGUCAAUUUCAGUUCAAACUAAGUAUAUUAUUAAUAUCAGCAAUUAUUCCAUUCUAAAUGAGAGAAUUUUGGAUUACAAUUGCAAG